AUGGAAAAGCUAUUGCAGUGGUCUAUUGCGAACUCCCAAGGCGAUAAAGAAGCUAUGGCCAGGGCCGGCCAACCUGAUCCCAAGUUGUUACAGCAGCUAUUUGGCGGUGGCGGCCCUGAUGAUCCUACCCUAAUGAAGGAAUCCAUGGCCGUUAUCACGAACCCGGAGGUUGACUUGGAAACCAAACUGGUCGCAUUUGACAAUUUUGAAAUGCUAAUUGAGAACUUAGACAAUGCUAAUAAUAUUGAAAAUUUAAAGUUGUGGGAGCCAUUGUUAGAUAUUCUUGUUGAAACUAAGGAAGAAGAAUUGCGUGCUGCUGCUUUAUCUGUUAUAGGUACAGCGGUGCAAAACAACUUGAAUUCACAGAAUAACUUCAUGAAAUAUGACAACGGUCUGCGAAGCCUUAUUGAAAUAGCUAGCGAAAAGACAAAGCCAUUUGACGUAAGAACAAAAGCGUUUUAUGCGUUAUCCAAUCUAAUAAGAAACCAUAAAAAUAUCUCAGAAGAGUUCUUCAAAUUAAGUGGGCUAGAUUGCAUUGCACCUGUAUUAAACGACCCCACUAUCACACCCAAACUGAAAAUGAGAGCUGUUGCAUUAUUAACCGCGUUUCUGUCAUCUGUUGAUAUUGACGAAAAUCUAAUCAAUGUGCUACGAAAGGACGGAGUGGUUGAGAGUACAAUUGAAUGCUUGUCUGACGAGAGCAACUUGAACAUCAUAGAUAGAGUUCUGUCUUUUCUCUCUCACCUGAUUUCCUCUGGAAUAAAAUUUAAUGAGCAAGAACUGCACAAAUUAAGUGAAGGUUAUAAACAUAUCGAACCUUUAAAGGACAGACUUAACGAAGAUGAUUUAUUAGCCGUAAAGUAUGUAUUAUGA